AUUGGAGGCUAGCUUACUACGGUUGUUUCGAAUUCUUGCGCCACCAGCUCUCCGGUGCUAAACCUUUCGCUAUCAUUAAUUGUUAUUAUAUUGCUAUCCUUUUUAAAAUGUAAGUGCAAUUUGUGUGUUUUCGGUGGACCUUCCCUACAGUUUCCUUCAACUAAUUCUCCCCUCUAACGCUAACACGUGCUUCCCCAAUACACCUGAUGACUAGGUGUCUGUAUCACAUAUUGUAAUCACUUGAGUCAGUGGCUUUAAGUAUCAUCAGUUGAUUUACGACGAUUCUUGCAUAGUGUUGUCGAGUGAUAUUUAGUAGCCCAGCUAUUAGCAUACCACCAGCAAUUGGAACUGGGUUUUAAGAAUUAUCAAUUGGGUUCUGAAAAUUAUCAAUGGAUAAGUUAGAAAGUUGGAAAAGAUCUCACGAGACUCCAACUGAAUGGCGCGUGAGGCGAUCGUUUUUGGAAAAAAAUUUCAAUAAAUUAAGCCCUGAACGUUUGGAGUGCCUUUCACAUUGUUUUACUAAUGCUAAGUUGUACAAAGUUACAUAUCCAGCAAAAGUCAUGGAAGAGAUCAACGUUCUUGGGGAAGGAAUUGAAGAAGCCAGUACUUGAGAACAUAAAUUAUUCUAGUUCAUAAAUCAAUAUUUUCAUAAUUUAUUCUUAUGCCAAGUCCAUGCAAACAUGUUUUUCUACCACUCUGACCCAAUAUCUCUGAAGUCAAUUAAGUUUCAGAAUGCGAGCUUCUUGACCUUAUUCUGCGAAAGAUAUGACGGUAGUCCUCGCUUCUCACUUGGCCACCAUAUGGUCGC